AGCCGGCGCCUGCGCACUGUGCGCCGAAUGUAUCAAUCUGGCCCUGGAUUUAAGUGCGUCAUUCUCGGUGUCUCCCACUGAAACCGUGAACAUGUCCAAGCGGGUGGCCGUGGUGACCGGAGCCAACAAAGGGAUCGGCCUGGAGGUGGUGAGGGCUCUGUGCCGACAGUUUGAGGGCGAUGUGUACCUGACAUCCCGGGACAGGGAGCGAGGGCAACAGGCGCUGCAAAAACUGCAGCAGGAGCAGCUGAAGCCGCUUUACCACCAGUUGGACAUCACCGAUCGGAAGAGCAUCGGAGAGCUGUGCACCUUCAUGACCCACAAGUAUGGAGGCAUCGAUGUCCUCAUCAACAACGCCGGCAUCCUCUUCAAAGUGGCAGAUACCACUCCGUUCGCGAUCCAAGCCGAGGUGACUCUGGCCACCAACUUCUUCGGGACCAGAGACGUGUGCACCGAGCUCCUCCCCAUCAUCAAACCCCAAGGGAGAGUGGUGAAUGUAUCCAGUGUGUCUGGCUCCAGGUCUUUGCUAAAAUGCAGCCCAGAGCUCCAGAAGAAAUUCCGCAGUUCCACCAUCACUGAGGAAGAACUGGUGGAGCUGAUGAAGAAAUUUGUUGAAGAUGCUAAAAGAGGGAUUCACAAUGAUCAGGGAUGGCCAUCCUUUGCCUACGGGGUUUCAAAGAUUGGCGUUACAGUCCUUUCCAGGAUCCAUGCCCGAAUGUUGCGGGAGAAGAGAGCAGGCGAUGGGAUCCUCUUGAAUGCUUGCUGCCCUGGUUGGGUAAAAACAGAUAUGGCAGGCCCCACUGCCCCGGGGACAGCAGAAGAAGGGGCAGUGACCCCAGUGUAUUUAGCGCUUCUCCCAGAAGGGGCAGAAGCUCCACAUGGAGAGUUUGUAAGCAAUAAAUCAGUUCAGAAAUGGUAAACCUUUCGGUUUUGGGGAGCAGGAUGACAAAGGCAGUGGAGAUAGAAGGAACUGAAAAUUAACCUUUGUAAUCACUAACACAGAAACUAACAAUUGCUGGGUUAUAAUUUAGUUCAGCAAGUCUCUAUUUAUUUCCACUGACUUACUCUUGAAAUAUCUUUUCCUCUAACAUUGUUAUUAAAAUCAAUAAUCUUGCCUUGUAAUAGUAUGUCAGUUCAUUAAACAAAAAAUUGUUGCCACUGA